UUCUCUUCAAACACCUUCCGGGUGUCAAUCAACCUUUCAAGUGGGGUCCUUUUUUUUUCAUUACACGUUGGUUUAGGUAUAUAUGUUAAGAACCAAACAAAACUUUGUUUUCAUAAAGCUCUCGUUCAAAAAAUGACCACAGCAGGAAACAGUGCAAUACACGGAUCAAUCAUGAUGACACUCCCAGUGUAUACUGAAAUAACUAGCGGUAGCUCUUGACCGUCAUUGACAGAUGCUGGGCUUCAGCUUCCGCAUCUCUCCGGACGCAUUCUUCCAGGUGAACCGUAGCGCCGCUCAGGUGCUCUACAGCACGGUCCGAGACUUGUGCGUCCCCAAUCGUGAAGACGGAUCAGGGACUCUCCUCGACGUGUGCUGCGGGACAGGCGCCAUGGGCAUCACGGCGUCCCCCAGAGUACGGCGACUCAUCGGAGUGGAGCUCGUAGAGCAGGCGGUGGAAGACGCUAGACACAACGCGGCCCUCAACCGGCUUGACAAGUGCCAGUUCGUGGCCGGAAAGGCGGAGGUGGUCCUCCCCGGCCUCGUUUCCCAGUUGGGGUCUGGGGACGGGCGUCUCGCGGCGGUGGUAAACCCCGCCCGCGCCGGUCUCCAUCACCGAGUGAUCCGGGCCUUACGCAGCCAGCCCGCCAUCCGCCGUCUGGUCUACGUGUCCUGCAAGCCGGAGGGCGAGGCCAUGAGGAACUUCAGGGAGCUUUGUUGUGCACCCGACCCAAAGAGGAAACUCCAGGGGGACGCCUUUUCUCCAAGUCUGGCUGUGCCCGUGGACAUGUUCCCUCAUACGGAACACUGCGAACUGGUGAUUCUGUUUGAGAGGUAGCGAAUGACAUCUUCCACGCAUCGGGAUCGGGUCUGCUGUCUCCGUGACAGCUCCAGCUCCUUGCCUGUGGGACACUUUGCCAUUGCAACCACAUAUUGGAUUCAUCCGCUCCCGUACGGCUUUGACUCUUUUGUGCCUGUGGCACGCUUUUGUUUUACACCAAGUCCUGCAGUCAGGCAGUAUUUCUCGCUAAAAUGCAAACUAAUCGUUGUUGUGUAAAAACAUACUGUAGCAAGACGGCAACUGUAGCAUAAAAAGCGCUCUGGCGGAUCAAUAAAGUUUUUACCUUGUUC